AUGUCAGAACUUUCACGUCCGCUGGCUUGGUGCGGUGGCCUUCCGAAGGCCCAUCCAAUUGCCUGUGUCACACAGACUGCCAGGGACUUGCGGGUCUUCUGUUGGAGCCUCCCGAACUUCGUGAGGAAAGGGUUCCUUGGGAGAUGUCAGAUACAUCGCAAACGAUUCAACGCCAACGCUGCAUUAGAUCUUCCUUCGAUUCUCGGCGAUUCUUUGACUUUGCUUUGGCCUCGAUGGAGCUUCCGGCGAUGCACCGAGAGAGCACACCGAUUGCACGUAGUCCGGCGGCAGAGGCGGAAGGUGCAGACCGAAAUCCGCGCUGCACGAAGUGCAGUCGCCCAGCUCAUGCAGCAGCGCACGCAGUUCGCAGCGAGGCUAUAUUCAGUGAUGGCCGGUGCGGCCGAUCGGCUGCGAGCCGUGGAGGAGCAGCGCCGAAGGGAUCGGGCCCGCAUCGAGAACCUUGUGAUCGAGAAGCGCAGGUGCGAAGAGCGCUGCCAGGAGCUGGAGCAACAGCUUGCUGGGGCUCGGCAGGAAGGCAGGCGACUGAAUGAAGCUCCACACUUUCGUGUUGCGGACGAGGAUAGCUCUGUGGCCAGCGAGGUGUCUGAGGCGUCGUGGAUGGUUGUGGGCGAUGCUAUGUCGGGGUCCGCAGUGACGGAGAGCUCCUUCUCUGGCACGUUUGCGGAAGCCACCGGGCCAUGCUGCUUUGUGGCUGGCACAAUGUUCAAGGGGGAGACAGGCUCACUGGUGCGCAUCGAGGAUGUGCGCCAAGGUUCGAGAAUCCUUGCAGCGAAUGGCUCCGUUGUGGAGGUCGCUUCGCCCCCGACGCAGCACCUGGCAGUAGCUGCAUGCGUGGUCAAGCUCAGGGUCACCCGUGACCACCGGGUGCCCAUCGCUGGUGGGCAAAAGGUACCGGCACACCAACUCCACGUGGGGCAGCAGGUUCAAGUGCAGGGCAGGCUCGUGGAGCUCACAUGGCCGAGAUUGCUGCGUGUGUAA